CGGCACUCGCCCUCCCCGACCCUGGGGUCGCGGGACGCCCGGCUGGUGCCUCGGAAUGGCCCCAGUCAGGUGUAUGUGGAGUCAAAACAAAACGAUCAGCGUGGAAAUGGAUGCUUAGGUAUGCUAAGUAUGUUUGUGCUCUCUGUGCAGACCACUGGACUUGUAGGAUUGGCUGUAGUUGAAAACCCUCAUGAGCGCCUGCGAAUUCUGUACUCAAAAAUACUUAGUGUCCUGCAAAACAUUCCCAAAGAUGCAGCAUAUAGGAAAUACACUGAGCAGAUUAUAAAUGAGCGAUUUGAUUUGGUGAAAAAGGAGAGUGAUGUGCAAAAACUACAGGACAAACUGAACAGUGGUCGCAUAGAAGAAGUCAUUGUACAGGCUGAAAAUGAGCUUUCCCUGGCAAGAAAAAUGAUGCAGUGGAAACCGUGGGAGCCUCUAGUUGAAGAACCUCCUUCUGACCAGUGGAGAUGGCCAAUAUAAUUUUCAAAAUGGUGUAACCUCUGUAAAAACAAAGCUUAAUUAUUAAUCUAUUGUUACUGACAGUUGUCUUUAAAUUAAAGAUAAUCACUUCAUUAAAAUAUAUUUUGUCCUAAA